CUUCUUGCCCUCUCUCCACCCAAUUGGCUUCUUACCGGCUUCUUCUUGUUCAAGGCAUUACGCAGGUAUGAAUACAACGCUACCCAUAUCCAAGAAUGAUAUCAAACUGAUCAUUACAAGUGCCACUUUUGACGAAUUAGACACCAACUCCAGUUCCACCGAUCAACCAUUCAACGAGAUUGAAAACGACCUUCAUUGCUUGUUAGACUGGUUGGAUCCUUAUUACCCUCAAGAUCCAAGUCAGACCGUGGUCACUGAACCAUCUCCAAGAGUGAGGGCUGCUAUACGAAGCUGUCUUAAAGAUGAUGUGAGUCAAAUGGAAUUUGUUAAAUUGUAUAUUAAUUCAAUCAGGAAAUGCUUCAAUGACGACUUCAAGCCGUUUAUUAAUAGUAAGAAUGACCAUCUGGUUCAAGACCUUAUGGAUAUUAUGAAUCGUAUCAAAUUAAUCAAGGUUUAUUAUAGUCAAUAUAUAACUUUUUUGAAUCUAAGAAAGUUAUCUAAUGAUUUAUUCAAUAGAAACUUGAAUUCGUUAUUCCACAUUCACGUCAUAAAAAACAAAAAUUCGCCUUUCCAGUCCCUACUUACUAAUUAUCUUAUUGAAUCUUUAUUCAAUAAUACUUCAAAAUCUUCAAAUUACGCUAUUUCUACUUUACAAGAUUAUAUUAAGACCCUUAUCUCAAUUGGAUUCAUAGAUUUGUUAAAUUCAAUUGUUAUCAAACUAUCAAUUAAGAAAAUUAAGCAUCUCGUGAUUAAUACUUGUAGAGGUGUUUGGGAUGUACCUCUACUAGAAAAAAUUAACGAUCUGAUCAAAAUUGAUUUGUACCCUAGCUUUAAUAUUAUAAUGAGACUUUCAUCUACUGAAUUCAAUCAGUCUUACUUGUUCAAGUUAAUGAAAAUUAGUCAUGAUGAAUUGGUUUCUUUACGUAUAAAUGAACUCUAUCAAAUGAUUGUUAAUUAUCCCUCCUCUUCCAUUGCAUUAUCAGAAUUACACCAAUGCAUACUGUUCAAAAGUAAUAAUAAUAAUCACAAUGAUAAUAACCAAAAAAAGCAAUCCGAUUUCUCAAACCCUGAUUUUACAAACCAUUCUGGGUUAUCAAUGACAUCCACACAAUUUUCAAGUCUAAUGGAGAAUGAUCUAAGCUCCCAAGCUUACCAAAGAGCUAAAUUAGUCGAUACCUUCAUUCAGGCUUGCCAUGAGAAUUUGCUACAUUCUGGUGCAAAUACAGUUGACGUCAUAACAACUUAUACUUCUACCAUUAAAGCAUUCCUUAUCAUUGACCCUAAGGGUGUUUUGCUUGAUAAAGUAGUACGUCCAAUUCGUCGAUACUUGAAAACUAGGGAAGAUAUCAUUGUAAAGUUGGUUCAUGGUUUAUUAAAUGAUGAUGAUGAAUCAAAUGAAUUAGCAGAAUUGGCACAUGAAUUAAGAAAACCUAAGAAUCAUAAUAAUGAAACUGAUAUGAGUAUCUCAGGACAUUUGGGUAACUCGACAAAUGAUAAAAAGAACGUUUCAGAUCCUCGUAAUAAUGAUGUUCUUGUUGAUGACUUAUUAGACCUCAAUUGGGUGCCGGACCCUAUAGAUGCAUUACCAGAUUUUAAAAAAGGGAAAGUUACUGAUGUAAUUGAAUCAUUAAUUUCUAUUUUUGAUCUGAAAGAUGUUUUCAUUAACGAAUUCACGAAGUUGUUUGGUGAUAGAUUAAUCAAUAUACAUGAUUAUGACUUGAAAGAUAUCAACUAUCAUCUAGAUUUAUUAAAAUCAAGGUUUGGUAAAAACGAAUUUACUACUCUUGAUGUUAUGGUAAGAGAUAUCCAUGAAAGUAAAAACAUCAACAAAAACAUUAACAAUAUAGCUAAAUCACAUCAAUAUUCAACAAAUUUCCAUUCAACAGUAUUAUCGCAUCUUUAUUGGCCUCAUCUUUGUGAAAAUUUAUCAGAAGAAAACGAUUUUUUUAAAUUACCUGAUGUUAUCAAUAAUCAUUUCUGUAAAUUCAAUGAAGGAUUUACCGCUUUAAAUCCUGGAAGAUACUUGAAACCUUUAUCAAGUAUUGGUUUGGUAAAGCUAGAAUUGGAUUUUAAUAAUCAAAAAUUAGCAUUCGAAGUAACACCUGAUAAAGCCGUUGUUAUUUCUCUUUUCGAUGAUGAAGCUGAAGAAUUAAGCCUUGAUCAAAUAUUAACAAUAACUAAAAUGCCCCUGUACGUGGCUUCCAAAGCCAUCGAGUAUUGGGUCAAUUCAAAAAUUUUAAUUCAAACUUCAGAAAAUACUUUCAAAACUAAUGAAACUUUGAAUACAUAUUCAGAGGCAUCUGGUGUCCAACCAAACCCAAGUGAAUUAUUAAACAAUAAGACGGAAACAGGCUCGAAGUCUAAAAAAAUUGACUUAUCAUUCAAAAACUUGUUAUGGCGAUAUGUUAAUGGUAUAUUGAGUAAUAUUAGUCCUUUACCUGCUACAAGAAUCCACUUUCUACUUGGUGCGAGUAUAUCAAAAGAGAAAUUAGGAGGAGAUUUGACAGUUGAUCAGUUAGAGGAAUAUCUAAACUAUAUGGUAGAUGAAGGCAAGUUGAUUUUACAAAAUAAUUGCUAUUCCUUAAAGUAA